CCGUAUUAAAAACUAAACAUUUAACUAUUGCAUAGAAGACAGAUAUGGCAGAAAAAUAUAUAUAUAUAGUUAUACGUAUAUUGGCUAUUGUUAUCGGCCUUUUGAUUCUUUCAUUAUCUGUUGAUAUUAAUCAACAGCGUCGAUAUAAAAAUCAAGUUCAGUUACCAGACAUGAAUUUUACACUGUUUACUGGCCUUUUUUCGAUUAUAACAACAGUUUUUGAAUUUGUAAAAGCUUCCGUAUCAUCUUUUAAUCGUCCUAUUAUUACAUUGAUUAAUGAUAUCCUUAAUUUAAUAUUUACAUUUUCAGCAAGCAUUAUUCUUUCUCAUAUUACAGGAUUUCAUUCAUGUGCAAAUGUUGAUUACGUAAAAAAUACUCCAGUAUUUUUGAAAUCUAAAGGGAUUUGUCGUGAAUUUCAUGCUCUAACAUUUUUGUCAUUAAUUCUUUUCUUUUUGUAUAUUAUCUUAUCUAUUAUUUCAGCAUUUUUCUAUGGAAAAAUAAAAGGAUCAAAUUCAAGGCUUCAUUCUUGA